GAGGUGAACAGAGGUCAAGACCGAGAAGUUUCCGAUUGCCCUUUGACAGAAGGAUGAAGGUGCCGGAGAGGGAUGCCUAAUAUGAAGCCACUCGGUAGCCGAGUCUUAUAUACGUGACACCCGUGAAUAGCGAAUCAGCUUGACCGGUAAUGGGGUAUCUAGAAUAAGAAUAAUAUUUAGUCUCCUCUGUGCAUUCCUCAUAGUUCCACCUGCUUGCAAUUAACCAAGUACCUGCAGUAAACUUUGGUUACAAACACCCCGCCAAUUCACAUCCCGUAUCCUGACAGGAUUAUCAUAGUAUACUAUUUAACUGUCAACACGAUCAAUACGUAUCUUAGCGCAACGAUGGAUUUGGAAGUGGACAAUUCCUUCAUUCCUAAACAAGCACGUAUCAAAAACGAGGAUUUUUACGGAGAACUUGCGACCAGUUUCACGAAAGUUUUCAUUGAGAGGGCAUUGGACUUCAUACCUCCCCUUGUCGACUCAUCGGUCAUCCAUGACAACGGGUGCGGGACAGGUGUCGUGACUCAAUCUAUUCUGUCCCGCCCCUCAACUGGCAAGGUCACGAUUAAGGCAAAUGACUUGAUGCAAGGCUACGUGGACUUCUACUCCGCCGAACUCAAGGCCAAUCAAUGGCCCGCUGAAGUGUCACUGAUGCCAGCUGAGAAGCUAAGCUUUGUCGACAACACCUUUGACCUUUCAGUCGCCAACUUUGUCCUCUUCAUGACGGCGGAUGAUGGUGUCCCAGCUCUACGCGAGAUGUAUCGGGUACUGAAACAAGGCGGGGCCGCAGUGUUUACCGCCUGGCAGUACUUCCCGGCUAUGUCGGGAAUAGAACGAGCUAAUGAUGAAACCCGGGGAGAUGAUGGUGCAAAGAUACGAAGUCUCCCGGAGGACUGGAAGAAACCGUCGUUUCUAGCGAGUCGAGCUGAACUGGGGGGGUUUGACCAAGACAAGAUCACGGUUCACACAUUGCAACAGCAGGUCCCUGUCGGAGACCUUGGCAGUUUUGCAAGGACCUCGUGGAGCUGGUUAGGACGUCCGGAGGAAGGAUGGUGUUCGGAUGAUGAAGAAAAUUGGGAGUCCGCAGUCGCGGUGAUUGAGCAAGAAUGGAAGAAGAGCCCUGGGUUCGAGCAACUGGACGAUGGAAGUUGGGUUAUGAAUUGUACUGCGUGUGUUGCUAUCGCAAUCAAGUAGCUUCCUUAACUUAGCUGUUUUCACCAUAGAAAAGCCAGAAGAAAUAACGACGGAGUCAGAUGGUACGCGGACACCAGAUUCGGUAGUCUGUCUUUCAGGCAGAGAAUUUGAGCUUCGAGACGUGCGUUCUGAUCUCGGCUCGGGCAAUAACUUCGAGGGAAA